UGUCCGGUAGACGUGAGAUUCUUCGCGUCUACGUUGCGAAUAAUUGGACAAUGAACUCUUGCUUGGAACUGGAACUCUUUGUUCAGUUACAGGGAGAUACCACAGCUUACUCACUGAGCUGGCUGAAGGACGUGGGCGACCUGAAGGCAUCUCCCGUCAAAGUGUAUAAUAGACAGGUGUUCGCGCAGCUGUACGUUCAAUACGCGUGUAGAGAGGCGCGAAUCUCACAUUCACGAAGUUGGAGCGAGAGGUGGAGAGAGGGAUGCAGUAAACAGUCCGUACUGCGGGCGUGGCGCGUACUUCAGAAUACUUUAAUACGUCCUUCGUUUACCUUUUAUCGCAUUACUGCGAAUAUUUUUAUUUUUAACAUGGGUAGAAAGUGUUGUGUUCCUAGCUGCAAAAGUGGGUACCUGUCGUGUACCGAGAAAUACUCGGUAUUCAGUAUCCCAGGAGACAAAGUACGGAAAUUUAAUAAGCUAAUUCCUAGAAAAGAUCCCAACAUAACUGCUAAAUAUUAUGUAUGUGAAAGACAUUUUGAGAAAAAAUUCAUAAUACGGGAAAUUAAAACUGAGUGCUAUUCCUACGCUUUGGAUAAACCUCGCCUAAGUGACGAUGCUGUUCCCACUAUUUUUCCAGAUUGCCCAUCGUAUUUGUCGAAAUUAAAAGCCAAAGAGCAAAGGCGAGUAAUUUGGGACACUCCUGUAAAUAAACGAAAGCGCUAUAAUGCUGGAAAUAAUCCUGGAAGUAGCAGUACUAGUGGUUAUGAUUUUGCAUCUGAUUCCUCAACGAACUUGGUGGAUUUCGCAAGUAAAAUAAAUUUUAAUAAGGACAUCAGUUUACCAUCAAAUUGGGCCACUCACUAUUUACAAUCAAAUCUCGCCUCAUGUAUUAUUUAUUUUUCAAAGGUGGUAGUUUAUGAAAGCCGUCCUAUUACUCAAGUUAGUUUAAUGUUGGAAAAAGCAACUUUAAAAUGCUUUGUUUUUAACAAAGAUACCAACACUUACAAUUUGGAUCAUUUAAAAACUGUUCAAGAUUUUAAAACAUAUAUAACUGACACUAUUACAGCAUUUGACAAUUUUUUCUACUGCUAUGGAUAUCCGAACUCUAAGGUACCCUCUCAUUUUUGUAAUAAGAAUUACCUUAAAGAUUCUUAUGUAAAUGUAUGGAGACAUUCAAAAUGCUCUUACUUUACUGAAACUGUUUCUACAAAAAAUACAAGAGUAAAUAGAUGUACCCAAUGCAGGAAAAUUAAUAGGUGUUUAUAGCUACGAUCUUAAACGAAUAGGUAAAUUUGUCGCAAAAUCAAAACGAAUGCAAGAGAGACACAAAACUGUCUUAACGAAAAAUAUGAAUAAAAUUAAUGAGACGACGUUAAUGAAAAAAAUAGAUGACCUAGAGAAUGUUUCAUCCAAAUGUGGCAAAUUGGCGUAAUAUAAAAAAAUCCAAGAUGUUGGGGUUAAUAAAAAUGAUAAUGAUACCGACCGGACAGCAUCUGCAGAUAAACAAGCAAAUGAUGCUCUAGUAUUUAUGUUUCGUUCAUUCGCGGAAGACUGUAGAGUUAUGUCAACCAGUAGCAGUUUUUGCAUCUAAACGACCAACGCCAAUAACGUUGGUGUUGGUACAAACUUACCCUUGUUUACAUAUGCAGAUGUAUGUUAACAUGGUUUAAACAAGCAGCUCUCUAACAAGAUACAAAGGGUGCGAAAUUGCUGUAUAUGGUACGUUUGUAACAUAACAUAUAUAGUCAUAGUGAAUAAAAGACCGUGUUACCUACUUGCUUAACCAGAACCUUACACAGUUUUCAUAGUUACGGCACGCGAACUACGGACUUCGUCAUACCAAAAGUUAACACACAAGCUUGGUACACGUCGUUUUAUGUCUAAGCCCUGUACUAUGGAACUCAUUACCAUCCAAUAUUCGGCCAACACGUGAUUGCAAGAACUUCGCUCGAUAGUGCUUUCAGAUUUUAUUGUUACAUCAGAACUUUAAGUAUUGUUUUGUUUAUUGCAGCCCAUAUUUUUCUUUUCUUUUUGAAAUUGACUGUACCUAUUUUAACGUACUUAUGCUUACUUUACGUAAUUGCCUAAUUUAUUGUUGUUUUCAUGCUUAGUUUUGUUAAUGUAUCUAUUGACAUAAUAUUGAUUUACUUAAUAUUCUAAUGUACCUUGCAUAAACACAUUGCUAAGGUAAUUUCAGUAAAGAAGCAUGUGGUGUCUUUAUCCAUGAAAUAAUAUCGGCAAGUACAAAUUCUAAUAAUAAUGUGCUAAUAUGAAUAACUUGCAAAAAUAUAAUAUACUACUUACCUGUGGUUUUGUAUGUAAGAAUCAAGG